AUGCAUUUCGCAGUCGCUUUCACCACUCUUACCGCUUUGGCUAUGGGCGCAGUCGCCGAGCCUAGCUACAAGGACAUCCCCUUCAAUGUUAUCUCUUCUCGUAUUUGGGGCUCUAAGGACUGUGGUGGCACAAACAACAACCAAAACCUCGGCGAAUUGACUCUGCAUCGCGACGAGCUCGGCGAGUGUUUCAAGUUCCACGACACGGUCAGAUCGGUCAGCCAAUACAGCCACGCAGAUGGUUGCAAAUUGCUUCUGUUCAGUGAUAGCAAGUGCAAGCGUGGAAAGAAGGAUAUCAAGGACGGGCAGUGCCGUGCGACCGAUUCGCACUUCGGUAGCUACAAGGCUGUAUGCAAGUAG